GUCAUGGUGGUGGUUUUUCGAUUCUCCAGGAAUUCCGGAAUUUCGUGGUUAGGUCUAGGCAAAAAUGAAGAAUCAAAUCGUUAUCACACACUUUGAGAAUCCGCACUGUUUUUGGUAUAAACAAUUUGGCGUGUUCCCGAAGAAGCGCCAGUUUCAGGAGGAACUGGAUGAUUUUUGCACGCAAGCUUAUUUCUCGGCCGGCGGCAUCAAAAACACGCGUCACAAGCCGGUAUUAAAGGAGACCGUCGCAGCGUACGAUCCCCUACAGGAAAAAUGGUUCCGAUGCCGGGUCGACAAUAUUUCCCACGGGUCAAGGUACGGAUUAUGGGCGCUCGAUGAGGGCAUGCCGAAGACGGUGGACGCGCAGUUUGUGCAUCCCUUGCCGAAGGAGCUGGCGCUCCGCACCGGUGUCAGCACGGUGUCCCGGGGAGGGGUCGCAAACGUCGUCCCUCUCUUUGAAUAUAUUUAUGAUCCUCAGGAUGAUCAGCUGCGUAAAGAGGCGUGCUACACGUGGUGUGAAACCAUCUGUAAACUCCUCAAGUCUGUGAUCGAUGCAGCGCAGCAAACGUUCUUAGAGAAUAUCACGCCACUCAGUAUUGACAACGGAGAGGAGGUCAAAUUCGGUAACCUCAUAUUCCUGAGCCAGAAGCAAGCGACGCUUCAUGCGACAGACAUUCUGCUGCAGACGGGACGGGUCACAAUGCUGGAUGCUCCUCUCUUUAUGCCAUAUGUAGCCACCAUACCACCAGCCACAAGCGGUGGCAGCCGCUCGCUGAUAGACGAACCUACCGGCCGUAACUCACGUACUACCGGCAGUGAGUGCAACGUCGAAAAUGGUUAUGGAUCCAUCCCGAUCGGAAUGAAUGAAGCAGAUUUCGAGGAUUCGGCAAGCACAUUAGGACGACCAAAACUAUCUGAACCACGCUCCCACGCGACUGAGCCUCAGAAAGUUUUGGAAAAUACAGUACAGGAUGCAGCUGAUCAAUCGCUUUACACUUCGGAAACCUCAUCUUUGAGCAAGUCUAAAAGAGCUCCGGAGAAUGUGCUGCAGGAAGCAGCGGGACAUCCAGUGUCCAGCGACAUCCCCAUGGCUCCUAGUGCAGUGUUGAAGCUGUUCACGGAACCAAGCCAUCGAAGUCCCCAUUCCAACGUCCUAAAGGAAAUAGCUUCUGGUGAUUACAAACAACUGACCGAAAUAGUUGUAGACGAGCCAAAGCAAGCCUGCCCAAUGGAGGACAAUGGCAGCGAAAAAACCCGACCAUUACUGUCCCUAUUGCAACGGAUAAAUAUGCGCGCCAAGGCGCCAGCAGCAGAGCCAACGAUAUCGCCAUCGGCGGUGGAGAAACCGAACGUCGAAACAUCGAAAGCAAAUCGUAGUCCCCUAGUCGGCGACACUAAACCAUCUCAAACGAGAAUGCUUCUUCCUGCCGGUACCAAUGCAGUACUGAACGAGCGAUCGCAGUCCAUGAAUGAUGGCCGUACCACUCCUCCUACAUCGUCCAAGAAUGGUCGUCAGAGUAAGGAACGACGAAGUCCACAGAACCAGCGGGACGCUAAAGACGUCCGUAACAAUGAGAUACACUCAACCAGUGGCGUGACGAGAACGACACGAUCGGAGAAAAGAUUUGAAAAGAUUGUUGAACGAGAGCAAUGCAUCUUGUCCCGCUUGCACAGUCAUCGUAUACUGGUACACGGGAAGCAUGUUCCGAAACCGAUCGAGAACAUCGCGAAUGCCCACUUCUGUCCGGAGGUGUACCGCGAGCUGGAACGUAUGCGCUUCACCUCCGUCUACCGCCUGGAAGCGUACUCUUGGCCACACAUCAUGCGCGGCAACUCGCUCAUGUGCGUCAGCUCCGGUUCAACUGGUAAAACUUUCGCUUACCUGCCUGCCAUCUGCACUCUGAGCAAGAUGCAGAUCGAUGAGAAGCUGGUGCCGGAAGGUGCCGGACCUGUCUGUAUAGUGGUAACAGAUUCGGCACGUGAAGUACAGCGUGUGGCGUCCUACUGUCGCCGGCUGCUCAAUACAGAUGUCAACAAACAUCUGGCCGUUUACGAGUGUUACGGAAUCCGGAAUGUGCUAAAGACAUGCAAUCUGCUGCUAAAUGGUUGUGCCAUUCUGGUUACGACGGCCCCUUGCUAUCGCCGUGUGUAUGAAAGCAUGCCGGAAUCGUUUGUGCGCAAACGCGUCCAACUGCUUGUGAUCGACAAUCUAGAGAACAUCUCGGUGCACUCGUUGGCCGAUCUGCAGCUACUGUGCAAGAACUGUGACAAACCGGAUCUGCAGGUCAUCGUGGCGACCAGCUACUGGCAGUCGAUCCUGGGAGGCUUUCUGCGACGCUACAAAAACAUGAUCGUGUGCAUUGGGGCGUACAUUGAGGCUGCCGUUUACGCGAAGGCGCAAUUCCAACUACGUCUGCUACCAAGCGGCCGUAAGGGUGGUGAGCUGAUCCGGUUUAUCGAGCAGCAUGAUUAUCGGUCGCAGCGUACGGUCGUGAUAGGGAAGGAUGAUGAAGAUCUGCUGGAGAUCGUGCAGGCGGCCCGUCAUCGCUCGAUCAAUCAUCUUGUAUGCGACGAGCAAACGAUCGUCACGCAGCUGGCCGGUUUUGAAGCCUGGGAUCACGAGCCGGUCGGAAAAAUGUCACUACUGAUCGUGUCCGAUGCGGCACUCGGCGAUUUAAAAGUAGCAAAUGCUCAGCAUAUCAUCCACUACUCGCUACCGUACUCGUGGACUCUGUUCACGAGACGAUUUGCAACGUCUUUCAACUAUUACGAUAAGAUCUGUAGUUGGACAGAGGGGCAAAACAAUCUCGAUGAACGCCAUCGUCCGUCGUCGCUUGUGAUACUCGACGAGGACAGCAACGAGCAACUGCCAAAGUUGAUCGAGUUUCUCGAGCUGCAUAAUUCAUUGGAUCGGUCCACACCCCUGCAUGAAAAACUCUACACCCUGGCACAAAGCUUACGCCAUGCGCACGAACAAUCGAGGGCGAUCGAUGGUAGCGCCCUGUACACGCUAUGUCCGCGAGUGCUCGAGUUUGCUAGGUGCCGCAGCAUUCGUUCCUGUCGUCACCGGCACGUCAUAACUCCGGAUGAUAUAACACACAAGCUGCCUACCAGUGGGACAGUAAAGCUGAAAAUCUUGAACAUUAGCUCACCUUCGCACUACAGUGGACGGAUCGAGGCACUCCGCGGUCGGGAUGGUGCGUGGCGUGAAGUAAAUGACUCAAGCCAGUUCUUCCGUCACGAUUUGGCCAUGCAGUCGUACUAUUCGAAUGAUAACCUACACGUUUCUUACGGCCGAUUAGUUGCCAAAGAUCUGUGUGCCAUUUUCCUAGAUAAAAAGUUCUGGCGUUGCCAGAUUCUGCAAUUCGAGGAAACUGAGGAUCCAAUGGCCAUCCGACCAGUGCUCUUGAAAUUAAUCGAUUCGGGACGUUUGAUAGAGCUAAAGUCUUCAUUUUUGUUGCAUCUGCCGGAACAGUUCCGUUCGUUGCCGCCACAGACGAUUGAUAUACGUAUUGCCGGCAUUGUGCCACUCGAUAAUGAGUCCGACUGGGACAACGUGUCGAUUGAGACAAUUCGUCGGUGGAUUGAUGAUUUCAUGAACGAACCUGGCACUCGCCACUUCGAGGGCAAUGUUCAGCUAGCUCUUAAGGACACGAUCUGGCUUGAUGAUCUACGUGGGGUGGAGCAGUUGGGCGUCCCUAAAACGGAUGUGACCAGAAUACGGUUCAAGGCAAAUAUCGUCUCGAAGCAGUUUGCCAUUGCUGAUCGUGCACCGUUUGAGACGCUACGUCAACUCGUUCGGCAGUGUUUGGCGCUGCAGCCCGAAGAGUCGAAAACAAAUGAUGAAAUUGAAAAUGAUCGUCCAAUGAAGGUUCCGAUGGCCAAUAAUUCAGCACCAUCACCAACGCCUCUAGCAAUAGCGAGUAAUGAGGAGAUUGAACGUGAGCGAGAGAAGGAAAGUGGUUCCCUUACAACCCUGCAAGAUCACGAAAUGAAGGUAUCACACUUCAGGAAGUCUACAAACAACUCUUCGGUUUCGUGUGAUUCGUUUGAAGUGGUGGAUCAACCUCAUCAUCUCACGGAAACCAGCCUAGAUAACCAGGGUAGCGAUGGUUACAUGUUCGCCUUGCUAGAAAAAGGUCAAAGCUACCACGCAUCCAUCGCUAACUACUACGCUCCGGAUAACUUUUAUAUCUUUCGCACCGACGACAUCAAUGCUACCAUGAGAGCGAUCGCAAAGUUCACAGAUAUCAAAAGUAACCUGCAACCGUUGGGAUCACCGCGGACUGGGGAGUAUUGUUUAGCAGCGGAUGGUCCCAAUCUGUUCCGGCGAGCGAAGGUCGUGAGUGUCGCACCGGAAUAUGUUACGGUCUUUUUGCUCGAUUUUGGCGGUGAAAUGGGGUUCAAGCGUGAAGAAUUGUUCCACAUCCCGGACUACCUUCUAUGUUCUACACCUUUCUGCGCCGUUAAAGCAAAAUUUGCAAGUUUGAAACCAUUAACGAACGGCGGUUGCUGGACGGAAGAUAUCAGUAAUGCGAUCUACGAUAAGGUGCUCGAACAGUAUCAGGAUGCUGGCACGAUUUAUGCGUUAAUUUUGCGGCCCUCCGAAACGGUGGAGAAAGCUAGUUGUUCGGUUGCCGGAUUGCACAGUUACGACAUGCUGUUGACGAAUGAUCCGCAGCAUCCGUACAGUAUUCUCAGUGAGAUCGUUCAGCUGGGAUUGGGAAUGUGCGUUGGUAAUCCGCAAGCAGAACUGAACGGUGAGGUGGUGGAUGAGUUUGAGGAUUCUGGUGAUGGCUAUGAUAUGCUACGGGAUGAUUUAGCUGCCACCGGUGACGAUGACGAUGGUGACGAUGGUCCAUUGAUCCAGUGUAAUUUUACGGAGGAAGAGCUGCGACGCUUUCUGUCUGCACAGUCGCCAGCGGAUGGCGAUAAAUCCUGUACUUAUUCUUCACCACGGAUCGUAGACAUUACGGAUGUCCAAAAUGAUCUUAAUCAACGUGCUUCGCCAGCUCCGAGUAGCCGGAGCGGCACCACGGAACCAGUAGUGGCUCUGCGUCGCACUAAGAAACGCAAGGGGCAAGGCGAUCAGACUAAACCUGCACGGCCAGUUAUAGCAUUGCCUAGGCUCACUUGUGACUACCGUUGCCCACAGACAGUCUGGAAGCAAGACGAUCACUGGAUUGUACUGCAAGUGUCGGCACCGGAUGUAACCCGUUACGAUCUCAAGGUCGACAUAGAUGCUGUGCUGCUGCAGUUCGUACAACAGGACGAUGGCUAUCGCUACCUACUGGCGGCCAAUCUGUUCGGUCCCGUCGACCCGCAGCGAACAGAACAUUUGAUCCGCGGGCUGAAGAUCAUAGUACGAUUGGCUAAGCUUGUGCCGCGCAUCAGUUGGCCCACGCUGCUCAAUCACACCGGUAAGCUGCCGUGGCUAAGUAAUGCGCUAGCCGAUGGUGAUCGAUCUGAUUCCGAAAGUAUGACAGAGGGCGAGAAUCGCUGGAAAAGUGUACAGCGAUUCGAGAGCUCGCACCCAUCAAGUAGCUGUUCGGAGGAGGAAGACCAUGCAUCCGGAAAUGACGAAGCGAUGGAGGAUGAUAUCUUUUACUAAAACACAUUGCCAUGACAUGGACUUUUUCCAUUAUCCAUUAAGUUUUAAGCAAAUUAGAUCUGAACAAUUAUUUCAUGUCUGUGCCUUGCGCAAAAACCAAACGAUAAGAUGAAUUUAAUCAUAACCGACGAGAGAAUGUCGGCCCUAGAGAGGGAGAGUGAUGUCGAACUCGGGUUCCUUCCAUAGAUUUAAGCCUCACAUGAAAUUGCGCAUUGCCCGAGAUAAACACUCAUUUCUUUUAAUAGAAAAUAUAUAUUUAAAUGGUUUUGAAAAUCUUACAA